AGGAGCUGGUUACACACGUGUGUGUAGAUGUAGAACAGAAACAUGGGCAAAAGAAGGCGAGGAAAACAGGAGAUUGAUAAUUUAACUAAGAAACAGAAGAAACAUCUAAAGGAAUUUGGUGAACAACACCCUUUUCACGAUAAGGUUGUUGAAAGACCGGAGAAGACUCAGAUUUUGCGCUUGCCUGACAGUCCACAGCGCCCUGAACCAGACAGUGAGGAUGACAGUGAUGCUGAGCAACCAUCUGCAUAUCAGAAACUACUGUCCACCAUGAUUCAAGGUGAUGAAGAUGAUGUUGAGAGUGAAGAUGAAGAAAGCGAGGAAGAGGAUAACGAGGAGGAAGCUGAAGUUGAAGGUGAUAGUGAAGAAGAAGUGGAGGACACCGAUGAAGAGGACGGGAAUGAUGCUGAGGAAGUUUUAGAGGAUAAAGUGGAAGAAACAUCUGACAAAUUACAGAAAAAACACCCUGAAAAGACCAAUGGAGAUGUAGAGGAGAAUGAAGAGGCAGAGAUGGAGGGAGAGUUUACAGAUAAAAAGAAUGAAGCUGCUUUCUGCUUGGAGACCAAUAUGCCUGCAGAAGGAGAGGAAAACACAGCACAACAGGAACAGGAUGAAGACAUGUUUGUGAAGCACCAAGAGAUUGAACUGAGCGAAGAGGAAGUGGGACGAAUCUCACAAGGAUCAAAGGUCAAGACUCAGGUUAAGUGGGCAAAACUGGGUGUUCUGCAGUGCAUGUGUCCAUUGGAACGUUUUCCAGCCAUCGGACAGGCCUCUUCUGCCCCUCUUCCACCCAUUCACAAAACCCUAGAGGCAAAUUGGCAUUUGUUAAACCUGCCUUUUGGAGCUGCAACAGAUGUCACAGAGCUGCAAAAGGAGAUGCUUGGGCUCAUGGGUACUUACAGAGACCUCUAUUUGGCAAACCUCUCCCCCUUGAAGGAGGCUAAGGAAGUGCGCAGCGCAUACUGUCUUCAUGCCCUGAACCAUGUAUUAAAGGCCAACUCUCGUGUGCUUAGAAACAAUGCCAAGUUAAAGGAAUCUAAAAAUGGGGAUGAGGAUUUUCGUGACCAAGGGCUUACUAGACCAAAGGUCUUGAUUUUGGUGCCAUUCAGAGAUGGAGCACUGAGAGUUGUCCAGACCUUCAUGACACUUCUGGAGCCCAAAGGCAAGAAGACGGAUGCCAGUAACAAGAAACGCUUCAAGGAGGAAUAUGGAGAGGAGACGGAUGAGAAGCCACCUAAUCUGCAAAGGCCUGAUGACUACCACGCUGUCUUUUCUGGAAAUAUAGAUGAUCAUUUCAGGAUAGGUAUGUCUAUCCUGAGACACAGCAUGCGCCUAUACGCUCCCUUCUAUUCCUCUGACAUCAUCAUUGCUUCUCCGCUGGGUCUCCGCACAGUUCUGGGUGCUGAAGGGGAGAAGAAAAGAGACCAUGACUUUCUGUCUUCAAUCGAACUUUUGAUUGUGGAUCAGGCAGAUGUUUUCCUCAUGCAGAACUGGGAACAUUUACUCCAUGUGUUGGAGCAUUUGAACCUGCAGCCGCUGGACUCUCAUGGUGUUGAUUUCUCUCGCGUUCGCAUGUGGAACCUAAACAACUGGGCAGCUUAUUACAGACAGACGCUGGUGUUCAGUGCCAUACAAGAACCUCAGAUCACCAACAUCCUCACCAAACACUGCCACAACUACAGAGGCCAGGUGUGCAGUAAAACCAUUCCAAAGAUAGGCUCAAUCUGUCAGGUACUUGUGCAGCUGCCACAUGUUUUUCAGAUGUUUCACUCUGACAGCUUCAUGGACCAGGAUGCCAGGUUCCAGUUCUUUGUGGAUAAGAUCCUGCCUCAGUACAGAGACUCUGUCAUGUCCCACACUUUCAUCUAUGUGCCUUCGUACUUUGAUUUUGUACGUCUGCGAAACUACCUGAAGAAGGAAGACGUCAGUUUUGCUAAUAUUAGCGAGUACUCUCAGAGAUCAGAGGUGUCUCGAGCGCGACAUUACUUCCAGAAAGGAGAAAAACAGUUUCUGCUCUUCUCUGAGAGAUUCCACUUUUAUAAGAGAUACACUAUCAAGGGUAUCCACAAUCUGAUCUUCUACGGGUUGCCCACAUACCCUCAUUUCUACAGUGAGGUGUGUAAUAUGCUUCAGGCUGGAGUCAGAGAGGGUGGUGCUUCUGUCAGCUUCACCUGCACGGCUCUGUACUCUCGAUAUGAUGUGCACCGUCUGGCUGCCAUCACCGGGGCUGACCGCGCCGCUCAGAUGCUUCAGUCCAAAAAAACCACACACCUCUUCAUCACGGGGGAGGAGAAAAGCACAUGAAGAGGUACUGCGAAAAUCUGAUGUGACGUUUUAAUCUCUCCGAGAAGGAAGAUAAUCUGUGUUGGUGGUAGUGGGUAAAAUGAUGUUUUCCCUUCUGUCAUAUGACUGAAUUUAAUGAUGAUAUUCCCUUUCCCUUUUAUA